AUGGAUAUUCCUGAGCAAGUGUCAAACUCAGAGGCGCGCCUCCCCUCAAAAGAUCACAACCCCAGAAAGCGCGUAAGAACGUCAUGUACGCGGUGCAAAACUAGGAAGCAAAAGUGCGAUAAUGAUUAUCCGGCCUGUUCCAACUGCCGCAAAGCUGGGGUUUCGUGCGAUAAAUUGACGUUUCUUCGACAGGAGAGUGGUCAAUCGAAUGACUAUAUCCGUGCGCUGGAAGAACGCAUUGCUUAUCUUGAAUCCCAGCUGCAAGCGAGACCACAAAGCAACGAUGCCAGCAGCAACGCCGGUCAACCAGUUGCAGCACUUUUGUCUCCUCAGAACCAAGAUGCCGUCCCUGCGUCUGCUUCGAACUUGAGCCACAACACUGUGGGCGAGCUUGUUGGCUUCCUCGCGCUCAACUCCGCAGAAGCUCCCGCCUAUGUAGGCUCAAGCUCCGGGCUCUCACUGGCCGCCAACCUCAGCGAAAUGGUUCAGGCAACGGUGUGGAACCAAGUUCUUGCGCCAUCUCAUAUCCACCAGGUCUCUUCACGCGGUAGUGGUGGGUCUACCGCUGGUCAGGUGGUCACUCCUACAGGUCUGCCUCCUCAACCGUCCAGCGGGAGUCAGAAUGUCCCUGACCAUCCACGACCGCGGCGCAUGGAGGACCUGCUGGUCAAAAGUACCGAACCGCCGAACGAUGAGAUGGGAACGCGGAUUUUACAUGCGUACCUGACCAGACUGCAUGUGCGCUAUCCGUUCCUUGAUCGUGCGGAGCUGUGGAGGCUCCAUGGAGCUCGAUGGCGGUUGGCCAAAGCCAAACGGGAAGAGCUCACGAAGGCAGAGAGAUUCGGUCUGUUCAAGUUGUAUCUGGUAUAUGCGAUUGGAGCGACGACAAUUCAGCUCAGCGAGAAAUACACAUACGUACCCCCAGAGCGAUACUAUAUCACUGCUUUACAGCAGGUCCCUUCCAUGUGUGAAGUGCGAUCUAUCGAAAACAUAGAGGCAAUGACUCUUCUGGUGGUGUAUCACCUUCGCUCAGCAUCGAGCCAUGGCCUCUGGUACAUAAUCGGGCUCGCCAUGCGCACUGCCAUUGACAUUGGCCUGCACAGGAAAGCGAACGAGAUUAAUCUGGAUCCAUGGACCGCGCAGAUGCGGCGACGACUUUUCUGGACAAUCUACUAUCUCGAGAGGGUCAUCUCAAUGUCUCUUGGUCGCCCCUUUAGCAUCGCAGACCGUCAAAUUGACCUGCCAUUGCCAGUGGAUGUGGAUGACGACGUCCAAGACCCCGCUAUACUGACCGCCCCGCCCCGGACCGACAGGAUUACUUCCCUAACGUUCGCAAUUUACUUGUUCGAGCUGCGUCGGAUCGACUCGAGGAUCCAGCACAAGAUCUACCGCGCGGACAGGCCACUACACACGCUCCGCUCGAAGAUGGACCGUCUCUUCAUCGAGCUGGAAGAGUGGAAGAGAUCUGCCUUGCAGCGUUUCAGCGGGUCGGAUCUGGACUAUCCCAUGCUGCACUACAACCGUGCUCUUCGACUCCUCAUACAGCCAUUCCUGCCCUCCCUGCCCCUCUCGGACCCCUACUACCACAUCUGCCUUCGUGCAGCUGGUGAUAUCUGCCAGACCCACAAGCGGCUUCACCAGACGCUUGAGUACGGGCAUUCCUUCCUCGCCGUCCAGACGGUCUUCAUGGCCGGCAUCACGCUGCUGUACGCCCUUUGGACGCACGCAGACCAAGUGUGGUCCGUGCAGAUGAGCAACGACAUCCGGGCCUGCUCGACCGUCCUCUUCGUCAUGGGCGAACGAGCAACGUGGGUGAAGAAGUACCGCGACGCGUUCGAGAUGCUCGUCAACGCCGCAAUGGAAAAACUCGAGGGCAACAGCGAGGCGGCCAAGAAAGUCGGCAUGGCGGAGCUGAUGACCGCGCAACAUGGUGGUUCGAAUCCCAACCUCCAAGGUACCACGCCUGGCACGUUCAAAGAGUACGCGGCAACUGAUCCUAACACAGCGGGGUCGACGAAUCCGCCUGCUCAUGAUCAUGGAGUGCGGAUGGCAUUCCAGCUUGCUCCGUGGAUCGAUCUUGAGGAGGAUUGUCCGUUUUGGAUGCCGGACUUUGAGACUCUCGAGGGGUUUUCGGGGAACCUCUGGGGAGGUGAUACUAUCGCGCCUUUUGAUCCUCUUUAG